AUGGAAUGUCCAAAUAGUCCACAACUUUUCGACGAAAAGGAUACCAUUGCAUUAUCAAUUCUCAAUGCUGUGAGUGAAUUUUGCUUAUUUUAUCGUAAAUUUCAUAAAUAUAUUAGUAUGCUACUGUGUGUUUUUGGAUUGUUAGCAAAUUGUACACAUAUUUGGAUCCUUAGAAGGCCAGCAAUGUUACGAUCUUCCGUUCAUACCGUUCUUAUUUGUAUAGCAUUGGCUGACAGUGGCACGAUGAGUUCAUACGCUAUUUACCUCUUACGAUAUGAAUUCUGUGCAAGCAGUAAUGGCGGAUACUCUUACGGUUGGGUAUUACUGCUAAAAUUGCAUGUGAUAUUGAGUACUGCACUACAUAGCAUAUCAUUAUACCUUCUCGUUUUCAUCACUUACAUCCGACUUUGUUCAAUGCAAACUCAACGCAGUCGACUUCUUGAAACCAAAGUUGCCGCGCUUAUAUCAUUAUCAAUAUCUCUUGCAAUAUUUGCUUUGUGUAUUCCAACAUUACUAGCACAUGAUAUUCGACCGCAGGAGAACAAUUCAAAUUUCAUCAAAUCAAAAACAGUUCACUCUACAGAUCUCUCAAUAUCAGAUUCAAGUUCGGUUUCCAAUAAAUACAAUAUCGGUCUCUCCAAGAUGUUCAUCAAAAACGAUUGUUUUCUACUGAAAUUGAAUUUAUGGCUUACUGGAAUCAUAAUGAAAGUGAUACCAUGCAUAUUAUUGCUGGGUUUAACAUAUUGUCUACUGAUAAAAUUGGCCAAGAAUAGACAGAAACGAGAAGCGCUAUUACGAGAUAGAGCUAAUGAUGGAACUUACAAGGAUCGUACUACUUGUAUGCUACUUCUAAUGGUUUCUAUCUUCUUGUCUACGGAAUUACCACAGGGAAUUAUUGCUAUUUUUAAUGGUUUGUUGAUGUCAUCAAAUUGA